AUGUCAAGCCACCCGCGUACCCAAAGCACCGGCUCCCGCAUGAGCACUAUGCCCUCCUCGAACAAGCCGCGCCAGCUCUCGCACCUCCAGUCGCAGCUCGCCCAGCUCACGGCCAACAUUGCCGAUAUGGAAAACUUGCUGCGCAUGACUGCCGUGCAGGCGGAAAGCAUGCGCGGGCUCGGCGGAUACUGUGGUGGAAUGUUCAUGGCAGCCAGCAAGGUGCUCGGAGAAGAGACUGUUAGCGGCGGC